AGCAACUACAUCCGGGUAARUUGUGUGACCUUGGUUGGUUAAUUGUCAUGGCGGCCAUCGUCAGGAUAAGUUCUGUCUGUCACAGAGGUGUCAAACCUCUGUUUUAUCGUAGCUCUCUCCUCUCUCGACCCCUGGUUGCACAGCARAAGGACCAGGACUGUCCCUACCCGUUGACUGCUAGGAUUCAUGGAUCCUCAUCUCUCUAUGCCGGCUCUGGGUCCAAAGCUGCCUCCCUGCAUUGGACAGGAGAGCGUGUGGUGAGCGUACUGCUGCUGGCAAUGGGGCCUGCUGCCUACUACUUCCCCGGACCUGCUGUUGACUACUCGCUGGCUGCCGCCCUCACCCUGCAUGGCCACUGGGGGCUUGGACAAGUCUUAACGGACUACGUUCACGGAGAACCGAAGAUCAAGAUGGCCAACGCAGGCCUCUUCCUGUUGUCGACUGUCACCUUUGCCGGUCUCUGCUACUUCAACUACAACGAUGUAGGCAUUUGCAAAGCGGUGGCCCUCUUAUGGAGCAAAUGAUUGGAUUGAGGCUUGGGAUGGGUGGCGUGGGCACUGGGAUAUCAGCCGUCUUGUUCUGGUAUGAUUGUGAACAUUCAAGGGAUUAUAUGUACAUUUCUAUAAAUAUAUAAUUUUCACAAUUACCAGUGAAUUACCAGUAUUACCAGUGAUUCACAAGUGUCGUAAAUCAUGUUGAGUCAGGAUUUCUUUUGGGGGGGGUGAACUUUUUUUGUUGCAUGUUUGUAAGUUCUGGAGGUUUUGUGUUGGGCAUCAACAGGUCUGUUUUUGGCAUGUUAAUAAUCUUCUAUUGAUUUAUGUGGACUAAACUAAAUAAGUAGUCCCUGACCCCUACCAAACACGCAUACACAUGCUGCAGUUGGUUAAAUGUUAUACGGUUAACUUUUACCUGGGGCCUGUUAAGGAGGGUGCAAUUUUACAGAACGCUUAGAUAGAAAUGCAUUUUGUAGAACAGAUGUGAUGAUCUUAUGUAGAUAGAAUAGGGAAUUGUCAGGUUUAUUCAAUGCAUUUCUAGCUUCCUCUCACUGAGUGCACGCCUGUUAUCAAACCGCUAAUAUUCCAAACACUUGUGURUUGCUUAUUAUCUGGGGAAGUAUCCACAGUGAUUUACAUAUUUGACCUGAAUUUCAGAUCCAGUAUGGCAAAUGACUUCUCAUCUCUUCUGUACUAACUWAAUUUAUUAUGUAGGCGUUGCAUUCUUAUUCGUGGGAUGAUUGUGGUAUGUUUUGUGUCUGUCACCAGUCUGUAAAUACCAGCUAGUGMCCUUCAAGASCAUUGCAGUCAGCUUAGUGCCACACAUUUAGUCUGUUUGACCUUGCUGGUCUGGUUUGAUUGACAUGAGCAAAUGGAUGUGAGCACUGGCAGUAUUUAAACCCCAUAGCCAUACUGUUCUGGACUUCAGGGGUCUGUUCAGAAAGGGUGCAACGUUAUAGAACAUUGAGAUAUGCAUGUCGUAUAACUGAUAUGAUUUGUCAUGUGGAAUUGGGCAUCACCACAGCUCUAUUCAUUAAAUGUCUAACUGCAAUGUUCUGAACGUUUCACCUCACUGAGCACAUCCCAGGAGCAUGUAGAAGAGUAGCCAUACUGAUCUGUACACCAUUGCACUUCCUCCUGUACCAGGCCAUGUUUUAAAUAAUUAUCCAAUGACAAUAUCCUGGUUUUGUAAUAAUGUGCAUAAUUUACUUUCUCAGCUGUGCCUGGCAUCAUACUCUUGCUUGAGUAUUUAGCAUAGUACAAUCUUGUUGGCAGGAAUUUCACUUUUCAUUUAUCUGAUCAAGUGUGUGUAUGUAUGAACAUCUGCUACGCGUCAAGUUGAGUACAGCUAGCAUCAAAUAUUAAAUGAAGUCAACAGCGGGCGCAUGCACUUGGUCAAAAUGGCAGAGCUUUGUUCUGGUUCUGUUGGGAGUGUUGGCAAAAACAAGUAAGAGUUGUCCUUGUUAAAUAUCUAAGAAAGAUGAAGGUAUGUCUUUGUUCUCAUAUUACUCAAAUGUCUAAAAGUUUAAAUGGCUUUGGAAAUUCA